AUGGGUGGGUUGCAUGUGACGCUUGGGUGCUAUGAAAAUGACAAUGUGUCGUUAUGCGGCAGCAAGGAAGGUAUUCCUGGAGUUGACGCCUCCUUUGACUAUGUUGUGGUUGGUGGUGGUAAUGCUGGUAUGACCCUGGCGGCACGCCUGGCUGAACAAAGCUUCAGUGUUGCUUUGGUUGAAGCUGGAGGAUUCUACGAAAUCAAAUAUCCCCCAGCGCAAGUUCCUGGGGCUGUCGCCGUUGGCACUGGAACCGAUCAAAUGGCCAUUCGAACGCCCAUUGACUGGGGGUUUCUGGUGAACACCGGGCCAGGAGCAAAUUCACGGACUAUUCACUACGAAAAAGCCAGAUGCCUUGGAGGAGCGAAGAGCUCAAGAUUGACUGGCCCUAGACCGACUAUAGGAUCGAUGAAACUAUGGGCUGAUCUCGUCGAAGAUGAAAGUUACAUCUUCGACAGCGUCUUCCCUUUGUUCAAGAAGACGAUUAACUUCACCGCACCCGAUGAGGAGCUCCGUCCUGCAAACGCCACCGUAAGCUAUCGAGAGGAUGCUUACGCGAAGCAUGGCCUACCAGUUGACGUGACUUAUCCGCAUGCUGCCCCUCCCUUUUCCAGCUGGCUCCAACUUGGGUUGGAAUCGGCGGGGAUUGGAGUAACCUCUGAGUUCAACAGCGGGUCUUUGUUAGGUUCCUUUUAUUGUCCGUUCACUUUACGACCCGCCGAUCAGAUCCGCAGCAGCUCCGAAUCGGCAUUUUUUAGGUCACCCUCGUCUUUGAGUUAUUUACGAACCUUGACGUUGUACAAGAACACAAUGGGCAAAAAGAUACUGUUUGAUCAAAAGCGAGCAGCAGGGGUUGAGGUUGCCACUGCAGGCUCCAAGUAUAUUCUCAGCGCGAUCCACGAGGUCAUCAUAUCAUCAGGUGCCUUCCAGAGUCCUCAGUUACUCAUGGUUUCUGGAAUCGGUCCCGCCGAUGUCCUCCGAGAGCAUGAAAUCGAAGUCAUUGUAGAUCUACCAGGAGUCGGUCAAAAUCUGUGGGACCACGUUUUCUCUGGACCGACAUACCCAGUGGCUGUGGAGACAUUCAACAAGCUGGCUAUGGACCUACAAUAUCUUAUAAGUCAGAUAAGGGAGUUUCAAUCAUCUCAUACUGGAGUGCUGACCAAUCAUGGAUUCGACUACAUCGCUUUCGAAAAGCUUCCAGCUAGCUCGCGGGCCAGAUUCACUGAACGUACGGAGAACGACCUCUCCUGGUUUCCAGAAGACUGGCCAGAGGUUGAGUAUAUUGCCGCACCACUUUUCGUUGGCAAUUUCUCCGAUCCCAUUACUAUGCAACCGCAGGAUGGGAGGCAAUAUGCGAGCAUUAUGCCCACACUCGUGGCCCCGACGUCACGCGGAAACGUUUCUAUAAUCUCAGCUGAUACGGACGACCUUCCAGUGAUCCACACUAACUGGCUUACUACAGAAACAGACCAACAAGUUCUAGUUGCAGCAUUUAAGCGAGUCCGUGACAUAUUCCGUAGUGAAGCUAUGGCACCCAUCAUUGUCGGAGAGGAAUACUUCCCAGGAAAAGAGUAUCAAACGGAUAGUGAGAUCCUUGAGGUCAUCCGGGAUACAGCCAUGGCUCCGUGGCACGCGUCCGGCACAUGCAAGAUGGGGACUUGUUCUGAUCGCAUGGCGGUCCUUGAUAGUCGAGCGAGGGUGCUUGGGGUUGAGAGAUUGAGGGUGGUCGAUGCCAGUGCGUUCCCAUUUCUUCCUCCUGGCCAUCCUCAAUCGGUUGUUUGUAUGUUCUGUGCCGUCCUUGACAAAUGA